AUGUGGAAUUUUCUCCGGCAGCCCUGCGCACCAAAAGCCCGGCUCUGGCGGGCCCACGGCACGCUGGCGCUCACGCCGUCCGAGCUCCGGUUCAAGCAGAAGCUCGAGGCCGCGGAGCGGGAGCGGCGCCAGCAUGCCCCGGAGUGGGAGAAACGGGAACAGACCCUCCGCAAACGGUAUGGCACGUGGAACCCGACGCACAAGCUCUCGCGGCAGCAGAUGAACGACAUCCGCGACUUGAAGGCGCGUGCGCCGGGCUUGAAGACCGUGCAGCUCGCGGACUUCUUCAAAAUCAGCCCGGAGAGCAUCCGCCGUAUUUUGAAGUCCUCGUGGGUGCCCAGCGAGGCCGAGCGGGCGAAGCAGGAGGCGCGCGGCGAGAAGCGCAAAACGGAGAGUUCCGGCAAAAGCUACGAGUCUGUGAAAAGCUACGGGUCUGGGAAAAGCUACGGGUCUGGGGCCCCGGGCCACAGGGGCGGGCCCAAGUAUAAGCACCAGAAACACGGGCCCGCGUCACGUGACGCGGACCGGCGGUGGCGGAAGCCCUUCACCGAGGGCGUGGGCGACCUUCUCGAGUGA